AAAAUUAUGGAAAAGCUCAAUCAGUACAUUUUAUAUUAAACUGCUUCAAAUUUUAGCAAUAUUAGGUUUCCAACAUGAAAAGAAAGAGAGAUUAAAAUGGAGACUGGGUGUAGAGGUGGAAGCCAUGAGAGAGAGAGAGAGAGGAGGGAAUCAAGAAGAAGACGUGGGUCUUGUUGGUGGUCCGAUAGAUGAGGAGGAGUCGCCCGGCGACGGCGAGUGAGAUGAGAUCCAUCCGCAUCUCGACUCUCUCCCCUCGUGCCUCACUUCCCACGUCCCGCUCCAACCAACCCUUCCGUGGAUCUCAUUUAUAUUCUUUCUCUUUGCUCCAUCAUUUCUCGUGACAAAGUAAUAAAAGUCCCGAUCAUCCUGCUGAAGUGUCUCCGUCCACGUCACAGCCAUCGCCAUCGCCAUCGCCAGCCUUCUUCCCCCUCGAUCGCCCGAGCCGCGAUUACCAAUCAUUCUCCCUCCAAGCUCAUUAUCAGAGAGAGAGAGAGAGAGAGAAGAGAUGGGUCUCCCCGAGAACUCUGCGAUGGAGGCUCCUCCCCAGCAAGAAAUCGGCAGCAGCAGAAACCAAAAUCAAAGAAACGGAAGGAUCACCCCUGUGCAGGGUGAGAAAACGACCCCGCCGCUUACCAAUCGACCCGAUGAACGAGGGCAGCUACAUCAAGGCCCCCAGCAACCGCCGGACAACCCCGCCCUCACCGCUUCCUUCUUCCCCAAACCAUUCUCGGAGAAGCUCCUUGCCCUCACCUUCUUACUUCACCUCUUCGCGUUCGCCAUUCUCAUCCUCUACCUCGCCAUCGGCAGCACCUCCUCCGCCUCCCGCCACCGCCUACGCCGCCCUCUCAUCUGGUAUCGCCCCCUCCUCACUUCCGUCCCCGUUUCUCUCGCCUUUUCCCUCUCCUACCUCCUCCUUACCCUCCGUCACCCCGCCCUCUCCCUCCAAUACGCCUUCUGGAUCAGUCCCACCCUUUCCCUCACCGCCGCCCUCCUCGUCCUCUGCACUUCCACCGCCGGCGGCAACUCCUUCGGUCCAGUCCUCCUCUUUCUCUCCGUCUUCCAAUCCAUCUACGCCUGCUGGGUCACCCCGCGCGUCCCCCACUCCUCGGACCUCCUCCUCCGCUCCCUCUCCGCCGUCCGCCCCAGGUGCAAGCCUGGCCUGCUGACGUGGACGGCAUCCGUUUCCGUCAUCUCCGGAGCCUGGUCGCUGUUCUGGGUCACCGGCCUCGUCGGUGCGGUAGCGCGGCCGCUGGCCGCCGUCUACGCCCUCGCCCUCCUUGCCAACCUCUCGUGGACGGUGGGGGUGGCGCGCUGCCUCGUGCACCUGCCGGUGGCGCGCACGGCGGGAGAGUUUAUUGCGCUAGGGGGGGAGAUGAGGCCGCGCGCGGCCGUGGAGGGAGCGGCUCGGUCGCUGGGAAGCGCGUGCCUGUGCGCUCUGGUGGGGCCCGCGGUGGCCGCGCUCAGGCUCGUCGGGCGCGCCAUCAGCAAGGUCGCCCGCGAUGACGAGUUCUUGUUCUCCUGCGCCGGUUGCUACCGCGGCAUCACCGACCACCUUCACUCCAGCGCCAACAACUGGGGAUUGGUUCACGUGGUUCUCCACAACAUGUCCUACCGUCCCGCGUCCCGCCGGGCCUGGGAGUCACUGACCCGGACCCAGCUGACCGCCGUCGCCGACACGGACCUCACCGGACCGAUGUGCUUCGCCGCCGGGGUAGCCGGUGGCGCGUUCUGCUUGAUUGCCGUUGGCUCCUGGACCUUCGCUACCCACCGGAGCGUCGCCGCCUCCGUCUCCCUGUUUGCCUUCUUCAUCGGCUACCUUAUGACACGGAUCGCCAUGGCCUGGCCGCAAGCUUGUGUGGGUGCAUACCAUGUGAUGUACGCCGAGAACCCACAGAAUUCGUUCUUCGACUCGACCAUUAGCGACCGGGUUCGAGAGUUGCAGGCUGCCGACGCCUGAGCCCAUCAUGUCAAGAUCAUCUUUCUCAUGCCUAACUCUGUGCUUGGUCUAGUAGAGCAUAGUCAAACUGAAGCUCAUGCAUACCAUAGAUUAGACUCCGUGAACGCGCAAUUGCGCACAUCCACGCAGUCCAACUGCAUCUUCAACGUCAGAUAUACAAUUUUUUGGCCGGAAAUUCUCUCCGGUGCCGUAAAAAAGGUUCUUGCAUCUUAUCGGUUUCUUGUACAUAUUUUGUCCUUGUCAAAUCUUUUUCUUUCGUUGGACAUGAUCA